CCAGUACCCUCUCAGCAACCGCUCCCAGAGAAUUGGGCGGCCGACUUGACAUCACAAUUCCGACGAACUCUCUCCACCAAGCGCAUGAAUGAGCUCAGCAGCAGACCAGGCUCAAUACGGCGCUCAUCAUCGCGGCGCACCGAAUUGGUCGUCGUGCCCUCGCAGGCCACCCCGCCGCUUCCGUCUCGAGACGCUCCAGCGCCGCCCACCAGGACAGCCCCAGCAGUACCAGAUGUGCAACAACCCCACGAAGGCAUUGCGCCUCCACGAUCACCACCUCCAGCAUACUCAUCCUUGAAGAAUAUCCCGACCGUGCCGACCCCGCCAACCGACAACAAGUCUCUACGAUUCCGCAACAUGCUCAUCUCAUUAUCGAAUACGCCGUGCAAGUGGGAGAACCCAGGACUGUUGGAUGAGGCAUUGGCGAAGAUUCCGUUGCAAAGAAUAUACGAUGAAGCACAGGAAGAGUCGGACCUAUUCCAAGCCGAAGCUGCUUCGUUAGGAAGCAAUCACAAGCCUGCGUGGGGCUACCAGGACUGCGUGAUACGAGCACUGAUGAAGUGGUUCCGAAACGACUUUUUCCAAUGGGUCAACAACCCAAAAUGCUCAACAUGUCAUGCUCCAACCAUUGGCAAAGGCAUGGUCGCUCCCAUUCCGGAGGAGUCUGCUUGCGGAGCCAACCGGGUCGAGCUCUACCAAUGCAGCAACCAGCUGUGCCAGUCAUUCGAACGAUUCCCGCGAUAUAACGACGCUUUUGUCCUCCUUGACACAAGGCGAGGUCGUGUUGGCGAGUGGGCGAACUGCUUCACUAUGCUGUGCCGAGCAAUGGGUAGCCGUGUACGAUGGGUGUGGAAUGCCGAGGACCAUGUCUGGACUGAAGUGUACAGCGCGCAUCGUAAGAGAUGGGUGCAUGUCGACUGCUGUGAAGAGGCAUGGGAUGCGCCAAUGCUCUACACUCAAGGAUGGGGCAAGAAGCUCUCGUAUUGCAUUGCGUUCUCUGCCGAUGGCGCUCAAGACGUGACACGUCGAUAUGUUCGCAACCCUGCCGAACAUGGCGCACCUCGCAACAGAUGCCCCGAGGGCGUGCUGCUUCACAUCCUCGGAGAGAUUCGUGCCAUGCGGCGGCGUGAUAUGGACAAGAAGGAACGCUUCCGUCUCAACGCCGAAGACAUGAGAGAGGAUGCCGAGUUCCGCAAGAAUAUCAUCGAAGCUCUUGCUUACAAUGUCAGCCGGAUCCUUCCAGGUGGAGACAGCGAGAAGAGCGACAUACAGCGGACCGACCCUGACGCACAAAAGGCGGCGGAG